AUGACCGAAGAAGCGAAAGUCAAGCUCCACUGGCUCAACGGCUCGCGAGCCCAGAGCACGCUCUUCCUGCUCGAGCAACUAGAGAUCCCCUACGAGCUGGAGAUCCACCACCGGCUCAAGACCAUGCUCGCGCCGCCAGAGCUGCGCAAGAUCCACCCGCUCGGCAAAUCGCCCGUCGUGACGGUGACAACCCCGAACGCAGCCGGGGAGGAGCCCAUCGUGCUGGCCGAGACGGCCUUCAUCACGCAGUACCUGUGCGACCAUUUCCCCAAGGGCCCGGAAUUGGUUCCCCCGCGGUGGAAGGAAGGCCGGGAGAACCGCGUGGGCGGGGAGACGGAGGAGUGGAUGCGGUAUCAGUAUCUGCUGUACUACAUCGAGGGCAGCUUUAUGUUUACCGUGGUGUUGCACUUUAUUCUUACCGCCCUCAAAGGCCCCAGCGUGCCCUUCCUCAUCCGCCCCCUCACGACCGUCAUCGCCAACCAAAUCAUCGCCAUGACCGUCUUCCCCAACAUGAAGCGGCACUUCGGCAUGCUAGAGCAAUUCCUCGAGACCCCCCCCGGCGACGGCGCCUACCUGUGUGGACGCACGCUCACGGGCGCCGACAUCAUGCUGUCGUACCCGCUCAUUGCGGGGCGCGACGGCGCGUUUGAUGGCAUUGGGAAGUGGGAGAAGGGCUCGUUUGCGGCGACCUACCCGAAGUUGCAUGCGUAUACGGGCCGGCUGGCGGAGGAGCCUGGGUGGAAGCGGUCGGUGGAGAAGAUAAGGGAGAUUGAGGGGGAUUUUGGGAUUUUGCCCACGCCGGGGAAGACGGAGUCGCGGAUUUAG